ACUACUUCUGGAUUAUUAAGGUUUAGUUCAGCUCCAACUUCUUUUCUAGCAAAUUUCUCUGAUAAAGUUGUCAAGAAUGGGAAUUAUAAGAAUGGGUUGGGUUCAAAAUUGAAUCUUGGUAGCAGUCUUGGUUUGAAUAAUUCACAGCUGCCACCUCCAUAUCCAAGGCAAAAUUCAAUGGAUAAAGGGUAUAAGGUUGUGAGUUCAAUGGAAAUGGAUCAUCAAAGGCAAAAUAAAUUGGGAUCAAAUCUUAUGAGACAAAACAGUUCCCCUGCUGGCUUAUUCUCUCACCUCAAUUCUCAAAAUGGUUGUGGUGUUGGAGGUUAUAGAAGGGUAAAUGGUGGCAAUGGAGAUACAGUUUCACCUUCUUCCUUGGGGAUGUUGUCUCGAACCAACGAGGUCGAGAAUGAGAGCAGCAGCAUUACCACUAGCCUUGAUGAUGACAAGUCUGGAAAUGGAAACUCAGAAACUCAAUAUUACAAUUCUGGAUUACCAUUUGCCUCUUGGAGUGAGGCAUCACAUUUUCAGGAGUCCUUCACUGGCCACAAAAGGGAGAUGCUGGAUAGUGAAGAGAAGUUAUUUGCUAAUUCUCAGAUUGGACAACUUGGGAAUCAGCCUCCAAUUUUGUCACACCACUUAAGUUUACCAAAGACACCAGCUGAAAUAGCUGCAAUGGAGAAGUUAUUCCAACUCCAAGAGACCGUUCCGUGUAAAGUCCGUGCCAAACGUGGUUUUGCUACUCAUCCACGGAGCAUUGCCGAGAGGGUAAGAAGAACUCGAAUUAGUGAAAGAAUGAGGAAACUGCAGGAACUUGUCCCAAACAUGGACAAGCAAACUAACACAGCAGACAUGUUAGAUUUGGCUGUUGAUUACAUUAAAGACCUCCAAAAACAGUACAAGACUCUUACAGACUGUAGGGCAAACUGCAAAUGUGCAGCUAUGCAGAAGCCAGUAUCCAAUCAAAGGGUUUGAUUUUCUUCUGUACAUGGAGAAAGGUUGAGAUUGAAGCAAUGAUCCUCAAAUAGUCUCUCUUUCUCCUUUAAAAGAAGGAGAAAUGGAAGAAACAAAGCUAUGUUUCUGUUUAGAAGUUAGCAGGGGAAAAAGUGGUCUAGAUACUAAACCAACAAGGUUUAAAACAACAAAAUUAGCGGGGAAGUCAUAGUUUAGUUCAUAACUAUCUCUUUAUACAUGUAUUCCUUUUUUCCCUUUUAAAGGGCGGCUUAGUACACAAGGUAUUCCAUAUUUACGUAGGGUUCGGGAAAGGACUCCAUCCCAAAAAAUGUAAUGUAGAUAGUAUACUCUAAUAUAAAUAUUUGUGUCUGCUUCCACAACUCGAA